AUGGAGAGAUAUAUGUGGCAGCCGGAACAGAGAGACUCAGAAAAAUGGACUAUCAUCACAUAACAACACAGAAACCUCCAAAAAAGAAAAGUGAACCGAUCCAACCUGUAGUUCACAGCAGAAUAAUUGUCCCAGCUCGAUGGAAGAGAAUCAGUAAUGAGUCGUGCAUCAUCAAUGUUUUUACCAAUGGAGAUAUCUUGGUUCCUCCAGCACGGGUGCUGAUUCCCAAACACACGCUUGCUAGCUGGGAAAACGUAUUGGCCACGGUGACUGAGAGAGUUCACCUUCGCACUGGAGCUGUGCACAGAUUGUGCAUGCUGAAUGGGAGGCCUGUACGUGAAUCGUAUGAGCUACAGAACAACCACUAUUAUGUUGCGGUAGGGACAGAGAGGUUCCGGUCUUUGCCAUAUCAUCUGGCCCCAAGCAAGGGAGUAAUCCACAAUAUCACCGAUGUGGUGAACAAUGGCAUUCAUCCAGUUCUAAAAAAAGAAAAACAAGACAGAACUUUGUUCGCAAAACCAGGAGUGGACAGCGCCGGCUCCGUUUUUUACGCCAAACAGCCCAGGCAGGGCUUGAAAAUCCCAGAUCUCUUUGCUACGGCGGAAAAAAGUUUCUUCAGAGCCACCAACAAAAGGAAGGAGGCAGUAGUAGCAUCUGAAGUACUGGAAGAUGAAAAUAUGAAGGUGGAUCUUCCUAUUGAACAGAUUGAAGUAAAAGAAGUUGAGGAGGAACAAAACUCCUACAAAGACCCCAGACCAGGAAGUGAUAGCCCUGCCAAAAACUUAAAAAACCAUCAAAAUGCAGCUUUUUCAACAAGGUCAUCCCCUUCUAGAACCAAUAAGGACACCAAGGGGGAGGAGAUGUCCUCAGAGAAGUGUGGAAUACGAUCGCAUAUGUCUAAGUUUUUAAAGGAAAAGAAAAAAGUAACCUUGAACUGCGGACCUAAUGGCUUUUAAGUAACAGAAAUCCAAGAUGAAGAUUUGAACAAGAAGAGUUAUUCUGAAGCUUUCUGUUUUAUUUGUAUAUAUGAAGAUUUCUGGUCGAUGAGGAUGUUCACUCGCACAAGCAAGUCAUUAAAGAUUUUCAAAGCAUCUCGCCAUAGCUUCUAACAUGGAAAAAAAUAAUGUUCGGAAGACCUUGUAUGAGGAGACGGCGCUGUCUCUGUGUGAUCUCAGCUGCUGUUCUGAUGAUGGGCUUUGUGAAGUGCACAACUGCCCGGUUACACAUUAGUUUGAUUGCCAGUUUUCUCUGUUCGAAGCGAGCUUUGAUGCUUAUCUCGAGAUGAAAGCCAAACUUCUCCAGCAAGUCCAUUGUAGAUGGGGUUCCAUAUUUGCUUCAGGCACCAUGAAGACCUUCAAUAAUCUUCCAAUACUGGCAUGAACAUAAUUGAUAAUUUAUCACACAAUGCACUGUGUUCUACAUCCUAAUUCAGGGGCCUUAUUUGUUCCCUUGUUGACAGACUCUGCGGUUCAUCCAUAUUUUUUUAUUUAAGGUAAGCCUUUGAUGCAUUCUGUGCACUUUGAUAGCAAGACUGUCUGUUGUGUUGGAAUACUUUCCUAAUGUUUGUGUGUCUUAAACUUGAUAGAAGUAAUAUGGGAGGUCAUUAAAACCCCUGCAUUUGUGGCUCUUUUA